AUGGACGGCCAAGGGAAACCAGAUGGACCUAAAGUUAGGGUUAUCAGAAGCGUCCCAAACACUGUCCAAAAUAGGCAAAAAGAAGUCGACAAUCAACCGCCAAAACCAAAACGGAUUGAAGCGACGCCAACGGUUACUAAAAACCCGUCGAUAGAUGAUAAACCACCAUUUAAUAGUAAUAUCAGUACUAUUUUGGUGAAUAAUCCAACAACAAAAUUAGAAAUUCAAUCGGAGCCAAAGCACCAUACAAUUUCGCAAGAUGGUACCCAAAAUGUUACAGAUAUCCAGAUCUUGUUAUCGGGGCCGGUACAACAAGCUCAGAAGCCAUCGGCCGCUUCGGAUAUUAGUAUGCUUGUAAACCAUCAAACGAAUGCAGAAGCUCCUCAGAAUAAUGUAAAAACGAUGCAUAUUCAAGCACUUUUACAAGGCCCAGAACCUGCUAAUCCACCUCCUACAAAAGUCCCUAGGGCUGUGUCAAUUAUUAAGCGCGCUGAGCCCAUAAAAGUUGGUGUACCAGAAAAGAAAAUAAAUGCGCCAACAAUUAUUCAAAGUUCUCCGAUAAAUUUACUCAAUUUACAAUCCGAUCAUAAAAUCCAGCCAAUUGAGCCUGUUACUGCAUCUACACCUUACUCCCUUCAAUCUAUGAUUAACGCUACUGCUCGUCCAGCCUCUGUACCUCAGCCAAGCCAUCAAAAGGUAUUAAAUCCUGUGGUCGUAAAGGUGACUCCGAAAGUCAACCCUCCGGCAGCUCCUUAUCCAGAGCUUCCGACCGCAAAGGAUGUAGUCGAGCAAAUAGCUGAUAUCGAUAAGUUGUUGACCAAAUACAAAGCAGAACUUACAGAAUUAGAAAACGAACGAACCUACGGAAUGCUGAGUGCUCCAAUCACAUCUGAUGCGCCAGCAAGUAGCUUAAUACAAGACUUUCACGGCUCAAUUUUUUCUCAUUCUUUAGGAGCUUCAAUUAUCGAGAAAAACAAAGAAAUAGCUCAACGCUCAAAAGAAAAACAUAAACUUCCUGAGCCAUUCAAGCGUCAGCGCUUUACCCAUAUUACACAUUUACCAUUUUACAAGAAAGAAGAUGGUAAUUCUUCAGAAAUGGCUGAGCCAAUCUUCCAAACUAUUUGCCAGAGAUUAUCUCUUGCAGAUGAGAAAGCUCAAAAACUUGCGAUUGAAUACAAAGAAAGAUACGAGCUCUGGAACGAAAGCAACAGACAACUUUCGAUCUACCACAAGGAAGCGCACGAGAAAAUCGAUCGAUGGCCGCCAGAAUUUGAUAAAUGUCUUCAAUAUAUUAAGCCAAAUGACAAAACUAACACAGUUCACGUUGCUCCAGACCAGAUUAUGUACCUCGAUGAUACAGAGAAAGAAACUUACCUCUACUACGACGAGAACAGCUUCGUAGAAGACCCUGUUGCCGCUCAUUUAGAAUAUAAGAACAGACUUUCAUGGACAGAGAACGAGAAGCAGACUUUCCUGGAGAAGUACGCCCAGCAUCCAAGAGAAUUUAAGAAGAUUGCCGCUGCUUUGCCGCUGAAAACAAUCAAAGACGUUAUAGAGUACUAUAAUAUCAACAGAAUUAAGCUGAAACUCGGCCAAAUAGAGAAGUCAUAUAGAAAGAAAGGCCGAAGAAGAGUUAUUAUUGAUGAAUCAGGUCAUUAUUAA